AUGGCAGCAGUAGCCGCAGCAGACGUGAGGACCGGCGUGGACGAGCGGGCUGCCGAUGAGAACGAUGUGGGCACGUCGGUGCUGUGGGUGACCGAGGCCGAGGCGGCGGCGGACGAAAUGGCGAUGCUCGAAGCGAUGGGGGCGAGAACGACGACAGUGUGCAAGGUGAAGAAGGUGAAGCACCAGCUGGGAAUGACCUUUGCUGUUGUGGUCCUUCAUGCACAUGCCUCGCUUGCCCCCAACGCACUCGGCGUCGUCCAAGGUCUGGUCCUUGCCGGCGGCCUCCUUGUCCUUCGCCUCCCGCCGCGCACCCGCCACAUCCGUACAGACUCGCUCUUUGCCAGCCCGUCACGGACAACUCGCGUGCCGACUGGCGCUGCAAGGCUGGCCGGGAACAGCUCGCCCUUUGCACGCCGGUUCGAACGGUUGCUGGCCCGCCAUGCCGCCGCGGUUCCGCGUGUCUUUGUCGAGGUGGACGGCGAGGUUGGCGGCGAGGCACUGGAAGAGCUUGUGGCCUCGAUCCCGACUACGAUCACGCUCAAGGGCAGCAGUGAGCAGCGCGAGGUUGUGGCCGCGCUGAGCGAGGCGUUGGUCAGCGGUGCUACUGGUGUCCGGCUAGUGGUGGCUGAUCGCGGACGGGGCAAGUCGGCGGCGCUCGGGCUUGCACUGAGAGCAGCAAGUGAGCACGGACUGAGCCUAGCAGAGGUGAUGGUGGUUGGUGCGGGAAGUGACAGGGAACACAGCGAAAUCGCAAAGUUUGGGCCGGCUGAGCUGUUGCUGAGCGAGCCUGAGGCCAUGUACAAGGCAGCGUCGGCGGAGGCGGCGACAGCCGUGCGGGCAUAUGUCAUCGACGAAGCGGCGCAAGUGCCGGUGAGUGUACUCAAGGCGCUAGUCAAGGUACACGGGCAGCGUGCGCUGCUUAUCUUUGCCACGACUGUCCACGGCUACGAGGGGACCGGGCGCGGGUUUGUCAUCCGGUUUGCCGACUGGCUCUCGAGCUCGGCGUACACAGGAGAGGUGGAGAAGCACACGCUGAAGGCGCCGAUUCGAUGGGAUGCCGGCGACAGCAUGGAAGCGUUCUUCAACGAGCUUCUGGGGCUCAAGGUGGAGCCGGCAGCGAUUGGCGAGGCCGACGCGGGAGCGAUCCUGGACGAUGUCAACGGCAUGCUCGAGUACGCGGUACUGAGCCAUGACGAGCUCGCAGACAACGACUCGCUACUGGACGAGGUCUUUGGCCUCCUUGUGGGCGCACACUACCGGACGACACCCGACGAUCUGUGGCGACUGCUGGAUGCGCCGAACAUGGAGACGCACGUUUUGCGCGAGCGGAGCGGCGAGCGGCGGGUGGUGGCGGUCAACGUGGUGGCGCGCGAGGGUGGGUUUCCAGUCGAGAAUGCGAAGGCUAUUGCUCGUGGCAAGAUGAACCUACGCGGACAUGUUCUGGUGGACAUCAUGGCCAAGCAUCUCGGAUGUCGCGCGGCGCCGAGUCUUGUGCUUGUGCGCUCUGUGCGGACGGCGGUGGUCGAGGUGCUGCGGCGUGGCGGGCUGGCGACGCUGCUCAUUGAGAAGGUACACAGCGUGCACGCUGACGCCGAUGCGUUUGGUACACUGUUUGGGGCGACUGCUGGGCUCGUUGCCUUUCGGCAUGGCCUCGGGUACCACGCCAUCCGGCUGUCGGCUACGCGCGGAGUGCGGGCGGGCGAGCCGUCGAUUGCGAUGAUGCGGGCGAUGAGCCCGGAAGGCGAGGCAGUGCUGGCCCAUUUGCGCAAGCUCUUUGGUUUCGGCCUGUCAAAAGUCCUCUCGCUGGCCUCGGUGAGCCUGGCGAGACCUGUCGCGAAGAUGUUGCUGGCAGACGCGCCGACGAGCGAGCGGCUGGAGCCGGAUCUCCUCCACGAGGUUGUUGCCGAGGUCUACGCACACGGGGCAGCUGUCGACGAGUCAGUCAUGGCAGCACUGGCACAAUGGCUUAGCGAUUACGCCGCUUCUGUGGAUGCAGCCCUCGCACGUGGAGUGAUCAAGCCCAACGAGCGCGCCCUGCUCACCGCUCGAGUCCUGGAUGGACUCGACCUCGGCGAUGCGGCCGCGGUCGCAGGCAUGAAGCACGGAGGCGCAGCCGCCAAGUCUCUCCGACAAGUGUUCCGCCGACUGGUUGAAGCCGUACGCGAAGAGAGUGGCUAGGUGAGACGGCCCCGAGUGUUUGCCAUGUCA